AUGGGCGGCCACACAAAUCGCAUGGACGGAAUGAACCGGUUCUCUGUUCUCUCCGCACAGGUGGGGGCUCGCCUCAUCUCCCAUGCAGGCAGCUUGACCAACCUGGCCAAGUACCCGGCCUCCACGGUUCAGAUCCUGGGGGCAGAGAAGGCCCUCUUCAGGGCCCUGAAGACCCGGGGAAACACUCCCAAGUACGGCCUGAUAUUCCACUCCACCUUCAUCGGGCGAGCGGCGGCCAAGAACAAGGGGCGCAUCUCUCGCUACCUGGCCAACAAGUGCACCAUCGCAUCCCGCAUCGACUGCUUCUCAGAAGUCCCGACCGCCGUCUUUGGAGACAAGCUGCGGGAGCAGGUGGAGGAGCGGCUGGCCUUCUAUGAGACCGGGGAGGUCCCUCGCAAGAACCUGGAGGUCAUGAAGGAGGCCGUGGAGGAGGCUUCAGAGGCAGCAGCUGAGAUCAAGAGGAAGUUGCAGAAGAAGGAGAGGAAGAAGCUGAAGCAGGAGAAGAAACGCUUGCAGGCGUUGGCAGCGGCUGCAGAGACGCAAAACAACAACUCCUCCCCCCUCCUGGAGCCUCCAGAACAGGAGAACCAGGCAAAGGCCAAGAGGAAGAAGAGGAAGCCCCAAGAGCUGGAGGCAGAGCCGGCCAACAACAGCCUGGGAGACGAAGACGCCCCUUUGCCCAAGAAGAAGAAGAAGCCCCCAGCCGUGGUGGUGGUGGAGGAGCCCCCGGCCCCCCAGGGGAAGAAGGCGAAGAAGAGGAAGGCCAGGGCGGACGAGGACGAGGACUAGCCUGGGGGAGUCCAGCCGAUGCCAAGUCCGUCCAAUUCGGCUUCUUGGAACGAAGCCUGGCUGCCUUUUCCCACAGCCCAGAACUCUCAAGGCAGGGAGACAGCAGGCCCAGUGGGCAGAUCCCCCACGGGAGGCCCUGGCCCUUUGCUUGGGGGGAGGGGGGGCAGCCAGGAACGGCCCGGCUUCUCUGGGCUUCCAGCAGAGGAGGAGACCACCCAGGGGCUCCCCUCUGGGGAUGGGGGCCGGCAGGAGCCCCCCCCCCCCCGCAGGACUAUAAACCCGAAUGGUCUUUAACUCACUUGAUAUGAAUAAAAUGUGCUACCUUUU